CAGUUUUAUUGACAAAAUGUUACAACUUAAAAUUAGUUGAUUUUUUCCCCAUUAUGUCUAUUUAAGAUUAACUUUCGAUUUCCGCUUAAUCAAUUAAGGAUUAGGUUUCAAAAUUUUCUGUUAAAAGAUAAAAUACAAAUUUCCGGUUCUUUGUAAUGGCAGCAAAACCUCCCCCUAAGGGAGCAACUCCACCUCCACCUACGAGGGAUAAACCGCUUGAAGGAGAUAAAAAAUCGGAGAAGGCUGAUGGGGAACCAACUGAACCGAGACUUGAUAUUGAAAAACCAUUAUGGGAUUUAAAUACAUUUGGUGGACGAUUUCGUCAUUAUUUAUGGAUAACUGAUAGUAGAACAGUCUUAGAAUCGGAUGAAACAUUGGAUAAAGCAAAAGAAUUGUAUUUUCAAUAUAAAGAUGGGCAAGAACCGGAAGGUACCACGCGUGAACAAGUACUAUAUGCAAAAAAGUUAUUUGAGUCCUCAUUUCAUCCGGACACGCAUGAAAAACAAAAUGUAUUUGGACGAAUGUCCUUUCAAGUACCUGGAAAUAUGUGCCUUUCUGGUAUAAUGUUAACAUUUUAUAAAUCAACACCAGCUGUAGUUUUUUGGCAAUGGUUUAAUCAAUCGUUUAAUGCAUUAGUAAACUAUACAAAUCGUAAUGCAAAUGCACCGAUAACGGAAACUCAACUAAGUGUGGCCUAUGUUUCAGCAACGACAAUGGCCGUUACGACUGCAAUGAUUUUAAAAAGAGCGUUAUUUCGAGCUAAUCCUCUUAUCCAGAGAUACGUACCACUUGCUGCGGUGGCCGCUGCUAAUUGUGUAAAUGUUCCAUUAAUGAGGCAAAAUGAAAUUCUAAAUGGCAUUGACCUAAAUGACGAAAAUGGAAAUCCAGUAAAUAUUAAAAGUAAAGCUGCACCCAUAAAAGGAAUAUCACAAGUGGUUGUAUCCAGAAUUUCUAUGGCCGCACCGGGCAUGCUUCUUAUACCUGUGUUAAUGGAAAAAUGUUGGAUGAAAAGGCUUAAACUUCUUCAUAUGCCAAUUCAAGUACUGCUUAUGGGAGCUUUUUUAGUGUUUACUACACCUAUGGGUUGUGCUUUGUUUCCACAAAACUGUUCUAUUCCUUCUUCAACAAUUGAAAAAUAUGAACCAAAGGAGUUUGCAAAAUUAAAGAAAGAAUUUGGAAAUAAAAUACCCGAAAAACUAUAUUUUAAUAAAGGGCUUUGAAUUUGAAAAUGUACACGCAUCAUUACUACAUAUAUUAGUUUAUGCAAUGUGCACAUUAACUGUGUAUAAUAAGUUGCAUAAACAAAAUAAACAUUUGUAUGAUACCAAGGCUACAACGUAUCAUUG